AUUGAUGAUCAAUGAUCAACUUCCCGGUGAAGCUAUACAUCUUUAUCAAGGUGAUCGAGUCAAGAUCUUGGUUCGCAAUAACAUUAUUUCGCAUUCGACAACACAUCGAGGUGCUGGAAUGGGUGUCACUGUUCAUUUCCAUGGUAUUCGUCAAAUCAAUUCUGUUCAGGCGGAUGGCGUUCCUUACUUGACCCAGCAUAUAAUUCCUCCCGGUUGUUCUUUUCUAUAUGAAUUUGAUGUGCCUGAUCAAGUAGGUACAUUCUUCUAUCAUGCUCAUGUUGGUAUGCAAGAAAUGAGUAUCUUUGGUCCUAUCAUUAUCUACAAGUCCAGAAGAUCUGAUCCCAGCAAGUACCGUAUUCUCAAAGAUGGUCCUUUUUCAUAUCAUGGUGAGCACACAGUAAUGCUGAGUGAAUGGUGGCAUGCAGAUCGUGGUCAAUCUGAGGCUUAUUAUCUAGGUUCUAAUUUUACCGAAAUAACUGAAGCCCAUUCUAUUUUGAUAAAUGGUCAAGGCAUUUAUGAUCCAAAUAUAGACCUUGUUGCUGAAUGCAAAGGAUACACUAUCUUGCCGGUAGAGCCAGGAAAAAUCUAUCGCUUUCGAGUUAUAGGUGCUACUGUCUUUCGUACCUUGGGCUUUGGUAUUGCUAACCAUACAAUGACAGUGAUCGAAGUAGAUGGUGAUUAUAUAAAACCUUAUGAUGUAGACUAUUUAGAAGUAUCCCCUGACUAUGGUAUCAGUAUCGUGCGUAGAUGGGCUGUAGGAGUACCUUCCUCUACAAAUGGGCAUACUAUCAUGCGCUACCAAACAAACGCAUCUUCUUUUGUCCCUUGGGAAUAUGAUUUCUCAACAGGAAAUAGUAUUGGCACAAGAGCUUUAUCUCCUGCUUUAUAUCAGCCUACAUUUCCAGCAAACAACACAAUUCAUUGGUAUUGGGACAAGCUUCAUCCUUACUAUGGUGUGGAUCCUAUCGUAAACUUAAAGCCCAACAGAACAAUUAUUUUACGAAGUUCAGAAAAAGAAACCAAAGGCAAAACAAGAUGGUAUAUUAAUGAUGUUUCCUUUGUAGAAAGAGAAGAUCAAGUUAUUUUGCACGACAUACUUAAAAAAACAAGACCUUUACCUGAUAUCAAGAACAGAGACCAAAAUGGGUUUGAUUUUCAUUUAGGCACCUAUCCAUUAGAACAUUUGGAAAUUAUAGACAUCGUUGUACAAACAACCCAUCCUGUCGACAAGCCAUGUCGUAGUCAUCCAUGGCACACGCAUGGUCACUCACAUUGGGAAAUUGCGCAUGGUCAAGGUGAAUAUGUUGAAGAAAGAGAUGGGCGCACUCGAAAUAUACGCUACCCAAUUUUCAAGGACUUGACCCUGGUGUACCCUACAGCGGAUGAAACCGAAUAUAGAACAAAAGAUCAAAAAGUCAUUGGCUGCGGCUGGAGUAAACUAAGAAUCAUUGCUGCAAGAAUUUGGGCCAUGCAUUGCCAUAAUACGCCACACAUGUAUAUGGGCAUGAUGUUGGCUUUAGAAGAGUCACCUCAAUUGAUUCAGUCUCGCAUCAAGACUUUGACAGAAUAA